AGUAGUGUAGGGUUGGGCUCAGCCGCGGAAUUCGCCCAAACUUGAACCCCAAGAACCCUCCGAUGCCGCGCCCAAAACGCCCGCCGCCCGGCUUCCCCAAGGAGCCCAGGCACCCGCGGCGGCGAACGGCGGCGGCGGCUGCUCCGGCUCCGGCUCCGGCUCCCGGGGGCGGCAAUCUCCUCCGCGCGCUCGGGCGCUGCCGCGCGCUCCUAGACGAGCUGCUGCGGCACGAGGACGGGUGGGUGUUCGCCGCGCCGGUGGACGCGCGCGCCCUUGGCCUCCGCGAUUACUACACCGUUGUCUCCGACCCCAUGGACCUCGGCACCGUGCUCCGCCGCCUCGAGCGCCGCCGCUACGCCGACCCGCUCGCGUUCGCCGCCGACGUCCGCCUCACGUUCCGCAACGCCAUGUCGUACAACAACCGGGGCGACCCCGUGUACGAGAGCGCGGCCGACCUCUCCGGGAUCUUCGAGGCUGGGUGGGCCUCCAUCCUCGCGGCGCUCCCGCCCCCGCCGUCGCCAGCGGACACUGAACGCAAGCUGAGGUUCACCGACGAACUGACGCGGCUGCCGGUGGGCGUGCAGCGGACGGUUGCCGGGAUCCUGAAGGAGCGGGGUGAGUGCCUGCGGGAGGAGAACGGGAAGGUGGAGGUCGAUCUGGGCAAGGCGGAUGCCCCGACGCUGGAUGAGAUCGACAGUCUGCUCUCUGAGCACCGCGCCGCUCUGGCCGCCGACGUGGAAGCCCUGAUGCAGGAGCCAUGAGCGCUGCCGAACCGAAGAACCAGAUCUCAAAAGCUGAUGCAUAAUUGUACCUCAGUAGCCUCUUCUUUUGAUAUCCUCUUCCUCUGGCUACCAUUGAUCAUGUCUUAGUCCCAAAUUUUGGUGACUUGGACCAGAUUUCAAUGUCAUCUUAGAUCGUCUGUUUUGGGGUUUGAGUUUCAUUGGAUAGACCUUUGUGGUAAAAUUGGGUUUUGUAUUGAUGGAGGUACCUUGCUAGAUACUGUUGUAUGCCCGGAAUUAGACUAUUCUGAUCCUGUGGUCCUUCGGGGAUCAGGAGGAGAAACAAAAGGAAAGCAAAGGUGUGCAGUGUGCUUAAUGCUAUGGUGUUUGCAAAG